AUGCGAGAUUCUAAUCAUCGAUCAGUAACGUCAAAUAAACCGGUAAUAGUUAUUACAUCUACCUCAUACGAUAGACGGGCUUUGGAUGUAAAUUCCGAUAGACCAUUAGUCAGUUCCUUAAAUCAUCUAACAUAUCAAGUUUGCAAUUCGGUAAAAAUACGAGAAACUAUAGCCAAUGAUGGCGCCAUGGAUAGAAUUGUCUCCAUCUUAAGAAGUUGCCAUUUUUCACUCUAUGAACUUUUAGAUUUACCUCUAAGACAUGUUAGUAAUCACAAGAUGGCUCAAGAUAUAUGGAAGAAGAAGAAACAAGCCCUAAUGGGGUGGAAAUGGUUACUGGGAUUACAAUGUUUGGUAUUAACAGGGACAAGGGGACCGGAAGAUAUCAGAAGAAAGGUCUUCCAUGCAGGAAUAAUUCCUAUAUUAGCAACAAUCUUAGAUAAUUACCUAUUAUACCACAAGAACUAUGAUUAUAUGAAGGGGGAACCAUUGAGUUUUGAUUUCAAAGCCUUGGAUACUGAACAAAUGUUUCAUUUUUUAAGAGUUGAUAAAAAUGAAACUUAUGAAGAUUAUCUAGAAUUCGUGGUUGGUAAGGAUUUGUUCCGAUUGUCUGAUGACGAUGAUUUCAUUAACGAAGAAUUACUACGGGAUGAAAAGAUAAAUCCUUCCGAUUUUGGUGAUGUUUGGUCGAUCUUCACCUCCAAAGACGGUGAAAAUCCCUUUAUGGAUGAGGAUAACGCAUAUUAUAAGUCAAAUUUCCCAAUACCACGUGAGUUUUACCUAGGGAGGAUUGUCCCCAAACUGGAUGAUAUUUUAUGGUCUCUUCAAUUGCUAGCAUUCCUAUCUAAAUACUCAUACACGCGGAGAGAAUUGCAAAGUAGCGAAUUUGUGGAACGAUUAUCAUUCAGGGGAAUGAUUAACAGAGCUAGAAGUAGAUUAUCUGGUAUAUACAAAGGUAAUAUUGUUGGGGCACACUACACGCCGUCUCUCCUGAAGGAGAAAUCUCCAUCUCCAGAACUGGGAUUCCCUGACAUGUACAAUUUUGAAGGUAAAAAUGAUAUCCAUGAAUCGUUAAGCCAACCUACUACUGAUAAAUUUUUGGAGGAAUUACUAGAUGUUAAAAGAAAAUGUGCCGAAAUAUCUGCAAAAACUGAUGGUGAGAAUGAACUCCUGAAUAGGAAUCCAUACGAACAACUUAAUAUUCAAAUAUCAACUAACAACUCCUCUGACAGACAUGUUCAAGAAUCCCAGUUGAUAGAUAAUUUCAAUGCUAAUUGGAAUUACCGGGAUCUUUGCAAAGAUUUAGAUGAAGAUACAUGGAAUCAUAUUCAAAAGAAGGAACCAAUAAACCUAUUUCCUUUAGUGGAAAAUUUCACUCCUGGCAAUAGUAAUCCGAAAGAUGUAGUAUACUGGAGUUCAGUAAUUAUGAGAAAUUCAUGCAGAAAAGAUGAAGAAAAGGGAGUUCGCCAGUGCGCUAACUUUGCUUGCGGUAAAUGGGAAGAAUAUCCAAAGCAAUUUGCCAAAUGCCGCCGGUGUAAAAGUACUAAAUAUUGUUCGAGGGCUUGUCAGUUGAAGUCUUGGAAAUUUCAUCGGUACUGGUGCAAUGAAACAAAGCUUCCAUCUCAAGGCAACUCAACUACUACUGAGAGCCCGUCAACAAAUACCACCCAGACAGAACCAACGAUGGCAAGUGGAGCUGAAACUAUUAGUACGCAUAGUGCGACGGCUGUAAGGUCUGUGCAGCGUAUCGCAAAUAAUCAUAGUACUCUACUGGAUAAUGUAGAUGAAACCACUGAACCACCACCUGAAUCAAAUAAUAUGACUCUGAAUAUGGACCACUAA